GGAGCGCGCGCAGAAACGAAACAAACAUGGCGGAAGCGGUGAAGCCCUCAGUUAGACGUAGACGUGUCCUCCACCCAUCAGCAGUCGUUCCUGUUCCAGUUUAUUCCAACAAGGUGAGCAGCAGUCUGCAGCUGAAGCCGACAGCAGCUCUGCUCUGUGAGGAGAGCACAGACGAUGGCGCUGAUGACAGUCUGUGGGCGGAGUUUUCCCCUCGCGUGGCGCCGCUGCCUGUGGCGGCGCUCAGCGACUCUGAGGACGACGCAGAACUUUCUCAGCAUGAAUGGACGGAACCAGCAGAAGAACCCCGCUGCCUGACUCCGCCCCCUCCAGAGAGUCCCGUCCAGAAACGCUCCAGGAAGGUCACUCAGAAGAUCAAUGAGGUCAACAGGAGGCUCCAGGCCGUCAGCUCCAUCCUGUCUCCAGAACCUCAGAGCAGGAGGUCCAGGACUCACAGAACCGCACCGCCUGGACUGGAGCAGGAGGACCCUGAUGAUGAUGUCAUCAUCAUGAGCCCACCCUUGCAGCACGGUUCUGACCCGGCCCGGGAGAUCCCUCUGAAGAUCCGCUGCCGCACAGACGUCCACAAGAUCCCGGUUCAGUCGUCAACACAGAUACACUGUGUGGUGAARGAGCUGUCAAUCAUCCUGGAGGUCCCGCCCCCUCGCCUCCUCCUGCUGAGGAACGACGUGGAGCUGCCCACAGACUGCACCGUGGGCCAGCUCGGCCUCGGCAUCACUGACAUCAUCGAGUGCGUCGUCAUGGCAGCAGAGGACGAAGACGACAGCAGCAUCAUCAUCAAACUGCAGAGCAAAGACCGAGACUCGUCUCAGGAGUUCUCUAUCCACAGAGAGGCGCCGCUCGGCUCCGUCUUCUCCCGGUACCUGAGCCACGCCUCCACUGACGUCCGGAGGAACGUCUGCUUCCAGUUCGACGGCUCCAGGGUGACGGCGGGCCAGACGCCGGCGCAGCUGGACAUGGAGGACGGUGACAUCAUCGAAGUCUGGACCUGAGCCAUCAUCGAAGUCUGGACCUGAGCCAUCAUCGAAGUCUGGACCUGAGCCAUCAUCGAAGUCUGGACCUGAGCCAUCAUCGAAGUCUGGACCUGAGCCAUCAUCGA